AUGCCGAAGGCGCCGGUCUCCGGGGAAGACGACGAUGCUACCGAGGAGUUGUUCGAUGACAGCCUGGCAGAUAACGAUGAUGUUUCUGCUGCUACUGCUGCUGCUGAUGAUGAUGAUGAUGAGGCGGUGGUGGGGAGACCUUCAGUGGAGAAGCUCCGUGAUUCCGGUGAAGGGGAGAGUUCCAGGGAUGUCGAAUCUGGUCCGCAUUCGAACGGCAAUAGCGAAACUCUGGAGCCUGAGGAGGAGGAGACAUCGGGAGAGGCAGAUGUGACCAGUCAUGAAGAAACCUCGCUCAAGGGGAGCGAGCCUCGUGAAGUUCAGGCGGUCCCGGCGCCUUCAACCAAGUUGCCUGUCCUCCCAGAGGGUGAGACCAGUCGUGAGGAAACCUUGGCUUCUGACACUGUAGGAGAUGAGGCCAGCAAGGAGAGAGAGCUUCAAGAAGACCUACUGAUUCCAGCUCCUUCAACCGGAUUGUCUGUUCCUGCCGAUCUAUUGGAGGAUCUUCCACUGCAGCCCGAGACCAAUCAUGAAGAAACAUUACCUAAGGACCCUGUGGUAGAUGAGGCCAGAAAAGAGAGCAUCCCUCCUGAAGGCCUGGAUGUUCUGGCUGCAAAACCUGAGUCAUCUGCUCCCUUCGGAUCAGCUGAUGGGGAUGCUGACCGCAUGGAUGUUGCUGCUGCUGCUCUUGUACAGCAUUCUGGAGAUGAAGAGCUUAUAGACCUCGGCAGUGGAGUUGAGGAAGCUGCAAUGAAGCCAUUGUCCGAUUUUGGCACUGCAGAUGGGCCAAAGGAUGAUGUAAAGCCACCACGUAAUGAAUCUGAAGAAGAAAAGCCAAUUGCCACUGAGGUGCCUGUAAAAUUACUACCUGAGGUUGAAGAAUCAGAAGUCACUGCAGAGAAAAGUGAAUCUCAUGAACACCAACCUUCUGAGAUAGAAGAGAAUGGCGAAUACACUGAGGAGAAGGAAGAUCUUGAUUCCUCUGAGACAAAGGGGAGGAUCGUGGAGGUGAAGAUAAAUGAACGGCUGGAGAUGGCUGACUCAGUGGGAUCUGGGGAGACUGAGCAUCACACAGAGACUCGUGCUUUACAAAAGGACGGGGAAGGUGAAUUCAAGCAAAAUUCAGCAACAAUCCCUCAUGAUCUCAAGGAUGAGGAUCCCAAGCUAGAUGCCCACGAAGGUGUCAUACACUUAACUGGGGAUAUUUCACCACCACCUCUCGUCACCAAUGACUCAGAUAAUGAAUCGGAUAGCCAGGCUUCCAUGGUAUCCAAUAAUGAUGCUCCUGAGGGUUCUGCUCCUGAGUCACGUCCCAUUGAAGACGAUUCUGAAGCCAGUGAUGAUGGAGAGCCCGCGGGUCUAAAUGAGGCAAGUGAAUAUGAUGAAGAUGUGAAACUUGGUGAGUCUGGAAAGUUUGCUGUAUUGGAAAGCUCUGAAGCUACCGAUAGUAUCAUGAAGCAGCUGGAUAAUGGAUCCUUGGGCGCCACUAAUGUUUCUGUGAGCACUCAUGAGUAUUCAGAUGGAGCAGAUGGGCAGAUUGUUUCAUAUUCUGAUGAAGAUGAGAGCGAUGAGGAAGAUGAUGGGAAGGAGUUAUUUGAUUCUGCUGCCCUGACUGCUCUCUUGAAGGCUGCAUCUGGGGCUUCAUCCAAUGGUGACGUCACAUUCACUGCCCCAGAUGGCACCCGAAUCUUCUCUGUUGAUCGGCCAGCAGGCUUAGGGUCUUCCAUCCCUUCUCUAAAGCCAUCAGCCCCUCGCACAAACAGGUCAAAUAUCUUCUCUCCCUCAGAUCUCGCUGUGACACCAGAACAAGAGGAUGUCAUGGACGAGGAAGAAAAGAAGCUGCAGGAGAAUGUUGACCAGAUAAAGGUCAAGUUCUUGCGUCUCGUUCACCGACUGGGCCAUUCCCCUGAAGACCUAAUGGUGGAGCAGGUUCUCUACCGCCUGAGCCUUGCUGAGGGGAUAAGGCGUGGGAGGCAGAUUGGCCGGGCAUUCGGCCUUGAGAAUGCAAAAAAGAAAGCUCUGCAGCUUGAAGAUGAAGGCAAAGAACCCUUGGAUUUCUCCUGCAACAUCUUGCUCCUUGGAAAAACUGGAGUGGGUAAGAGUGCCACAGUAAACUCCAUCUUUGGCGAACAGAAGGUCUCUACAAGUGCCUUUGAUCCAGCAACAACAUCGGUCAGGGAGAUCACCGGCAUUGUGGGCGGGGUCAAGGUCCGGGUCAUCGACACCCCUGGGCUCCGACCCUCUGUGAUGGAUCAGGCUGCCAACAAGAGGAUUCUGGAGUCCAUCAAGAAGCACACGAAGAGAUGCCAGCCGGACAUCGUCCUGUAUGUUGAUCGCCUCGACACGCAGGCCUGGGAUUUCAACGAUCUGCCGCUGCUGAGGUCGAUUGCAGUCUCCAUGGGCCCAUCCAUUUGGUUUAAUGCCAUUGUGGGGCUCACUCAUGCAGCUUCAGCUCCCCCUGAUGGGUCCAGUGGAAACCCCCUGAGCUACGAGGUGUUUGUGAACCAGCGAUCGCGUGUUGUUCAGCAUGCGAUCCGGCAGGCUGCUGGAGACAUGAGGCUGAUGAAUCCAGUGGCCCUCGUCGAGAAUCAUCCCUUGUGCAGGAGGAAUAGAGAGGGCCAGCCUAUCCUUCCCAAUGGCCUGAGCUGGAGGACCCAGCUGCUGCUUCUCUGCUACUCCUCAAAGAUACUGUCAGAGGCGAAUCGUAUUCUGAAGCUCCAAGACCCAUCUCCCAGCAAGCUAUUUGGCUUCCGCACUCGGUCCCCGCCGCUGCCUUUCUUGCUGUCCUCACUUCUGCAGUCCAAGGCGCACCCGAAGCUGGCAACUGAUCAAGGGAUUGACAACGGCGACUCAGAUUUCGACGUGGAUGAUCUCUCAGAGGCGGACAAGGAGGAGGAGGAAGGGGAAGAAGAUGAAUACGACCGGCUCCCGCCGUUCAAGCCCUUGAGGAAAGCCCAGAUUGCCAAACUCACCAAAGAGCAGAGGAGAGCCUACUAUGACGAGUAUGACUACCGUGUGAAGCUCCUCCAGAAGAAGCAGUGGAAGGAGGAGCUCAGAAGGGCACAGGAAAUGAAGAAGAGACAGAAGGAAGGGCAGGACUUCUCCAGCUUCGACGAUAUGGCGGGCGAUUACGACCAGGACGGUGCCCCCGCCACCAUUCCAGUUCCCUUGCCCGACAUGGUCCUGCCGCCCACCUUCGACUGUGAUAACCCUGCUUACCGGUACCGGUUCCUUGAGCCCACAUCGCAGCUCCUCUCCAGACCGGUGCUCGACUCCCAUGGAUGGGACCAUGACUGUGGGUAUGAUGGAGUCAGCGUCGAAGAUAACCUCGCCAUCGCCGGGAAGUUCCCGGCCGGGAUAGCGGCCCAGAUAACCAAAGACAAGAAGGAGUUCAACAUACAUUUGGACUCCUCAAUCGCUGCAAAGCAUGGGGAAACCGGCUCCACCCUCGCCGGCUUUGACAUCCAGUCCGUCGGGAAGCAGCUCGCUUAUGUCCUGCGCAGUGAGACCAAGUUCAAGAACCUGAGGAGGAACAAGACUGCUGCUGGAGUCUCCGUCACCUUCCUGGGAGAGAAUGUGGCCACCGGGCUGAAGGUCGAGGACGAGCUCAUGGUGGGGAAAAGGCUGGGCCUCGUCGCCAGUGCCGGCACUGUCCGUGCGCAGGGAGACGCCGCUUAUGGGGCCAACUUGGAGGUCCGCCUCCGCGACAAGGAGUUCCCAAUUGGGCAAGACCUUUCCACUUUGGGGCUGUCCCUGAUGAGGUGGCGUGGUGACUUGGCACUGGGGGCCAACUUGCAGUCUCAGUUCUCCAUCGGGCGUGGGACGAAGAUGACCACCAGAGUUGGGCUGAACAACAAGCGAAGCGGGCAGAUCACCAUCCGUAUAAAUUCCUCUGAGCAGCUCCAGAUUGCACUCAUGGGUAUCCUACCUGUCGUCGCCUCUGUCUACAGGGGCAUUUUCUCCGAGGAGUCUGGAUGA